AUGAAGAGAGGACGUGAGGAGAAUAGCUACGAGAACUCACCAUCGCCAACACGACUUCGUCAUGGCGUAGUAAUCGAUAUAGCUCUGGAUGUGACUGUGGAGAUACUAAAAAAGCUCCCGGUGAAAUCUCUAGUGAGGUUCCAAUGUGUUUCGAAGCAAUGGUCAUCCAUUAUCGGCAGGCGUAGAGAUUUCAUAGACUCGAUCGUGGCUCGGUCUUUGACUCAACCUCCGCGUGAUGCCCAUGUCUUAUGCAAGCACGCUGUACACCGCUACAAGGAUUGUUUCAUAGCCUUCUCGUCUAAUACUUGCCCUCGGAAUAUUGACAAAGUAUCAUCAGUACUACGAAUCCCUGGUAAUAUGAGGCAAUACGUCCGCGGCUUGAUUUUUUGUUGGUCAAACAAGAGUAAUGAGGCAGCUAUAUAUAAUCCUACCACAAGGCAGUCCUUUUACUUACCAGAUACGAAACCCUACGACAUGGCCUCUUGCUUCUUCGGAUACGACCCUUUCGAGAAUCAAUACAAAGCAUUGUUCAUACCGCUAAACCAUAUGGAGGAGGCUUGUAAAAUUUUCACGUUGGGAGAUCCCACGGCUAAGGAGUGGAGAACAAUCCAAGGCGUUGGAUAUCACUUUCCAAUGGCAAGUGUAGUUUCGAUCAACGGGAGUAUUCAUUACCUAGCAUGGGAUCAUGAUGACGAUAGUGCUUCUAAAUUUAAACUGAUGAGUUUUGAUUUAAGGCGUGAGAAAUUUUACCAUGUCGAGGCUCCAAAAACAUUGAUGGAUCACGUUUCGACUCUGAUAAAUUACCAAGGGAAGUUAGGAUUCGUGUGCUGCGAAAAAUACAUGGAAAUUUGGGUUAUGGUGGGUGUCGAGAAAAAGACGAAAGGAUGGUCGAGGAUUUUCUUUUACGAGAUGGAGGGUUUCCAGAAAUGGCACAUCUCAGGUGCUACUCGUGGUGGUGAGAUUGCUUUUGUCGAUGAGUCAUACCUCUAUGAUGACUAUUCGUGUCUCCUUUACUAUGACCCGAAGCGAAACAGUAUGAGGUACGUUAAGCUCGAAGGCUUAUAUCCAGACAACAAAUAUUACAUGCCAACUAUAAUGUGGACUGUUCCAGACCAUGUCGAGAACACAUUAGCCUUGAAUGGUUGGUCAGUAGGCUCUGGACCGGACUAA